UCCUCUCCUCUCUUCUCUUCUUCUCCCCUCCCCUCCCUUCCCCUCCCUGUGGUUUCCAGCUGGGCAGGGGCCUCAGACCGCAGCUCCCUGCCCAAGAGGUAGGUUGCAUCCGCCUCUUUGUCUGUCUGUCAACAUCGCCCUAGGACCGAGCUGCUGGGUGCCCCGGAAGAAGGGCAGGCAGGAAGGGGAGGGGCAGUGAGAUUGGCUCCCCCCUCAACCUCACCCUGGUAUCCCCAGCCCAGCCCAAGACACCAGGGCGUUUGCCGACAUCUGAGGCCCUUCUUGGUGUGGCCACCGAGGACAGUGCUGAGAGGGGGAAGGUCAUGGGCAGAGCUGGGUGUGGGAUGCAGAGGAAACAGUGCCUGGGGAAGAGGAGUGCUGUGCCCAGGUGGCCUCACUUGUCAUCUCAAAGUGGCGUCAAACUCCCGGACAGGUGGACGGGAACCCUAGGCUGGCCCUCCAGAGACCAGGAGGCCCCUGGCUCAGGGAUGCCACCUGCAGCUGCCCAGCCCUCCGCCCAUGACGCCCUUGUUCCACCUGCCACCGCUCAUGAAACUAUGGAUCACCCAGCUCUGCACUGGCUUGCCUGUUGCUGCUGUCGCAGUUUACCUGGGCAGUUGCCCCUGGUUAUCCGGCUGGGGUGGGACUUGGACUUAGAAGCAGGCGGGAGGACUGGGAGGCUGCGUCCUCGGGCCAGGAGGUGGCAGCCUCUACCUUCCUGAGACAGGGACC